CGCGGAACUUGCGAGCUCAGAGCGCCGCGCAUGCGGGCCUUCCUUUUCUGGGUGGCCGCGAAAGAGGCAGCACCAUGAAGGCGUCGGGCACCCUGCGGGAGUACAAAGUUGUUGGGAGAUGCCUUCCCACUCCUAAAUGUCCAACACCAUCUUUGUACCGUAUGCGCAUCUUUGCUCCUAAUCAUGUUGUUGCAAAGUCCCGCUUUUGGUACUUUGUUUCUCAGCUGAAGAAGAUGAAGAAAUCUUCUGGAGAAAUUGUAUACUGUGGACAGGUUUUUGAGAAGUCUCCACUGAGGGUGAAAAACUUUGGUAUCUGGCUGCGCUAUGAUUCUCGUAGUGGAACUCACAACAUGUACAGGGAGUACAGGGAUUUGACCACUGCAGGAGCUGUUACACAGUGCUAUCGUGAUAUGGGAGCCCGUCAUAGGGCCCGUGCUCAUUCAAUUCAGAUCAUGAAGGUUGAAGAGAUUGCUGCUAGCAAGUGUCGCAGACCAGCAGUCAAGCAAUUCCAUGAUUCCAAAAUUAAGUUCCCUCUGCCACACAGAGUUUUACGUCGCCAGCAUAAGCCACGCUUCACCACCAAGAGACCAAACACAUUCUUCUAAAUGCAGACUUAUUUCAUGUGUUCUGGGUUUCGGUGAAAUUCUUCUUGAACAUCAGAUGGUUUUUGAUAAAUAGAAAUGUAAUUAUACUAACCUGGCAAAUAAAAUGUUAUGGUGGAAUUAUCA